AUGGAUUCGCCAACUUUAGAAGACAGAGAGAACAGUAUCGAAGAUUGUGAUGAUGAUGACGAUAACAUAUACAUAAAUGAAGAGACGGAAGAAGGGCACGAGAAAGUGCUUGUUACGCAUGCUCCUCAGGAAAGGAUAGUUCCACCAUUAAACUUUUGUCCAGUUGAGCGAUAUCUAUACCGGUCUGGUCAACCCUCUCCUGUGAAUUUUCCAUUCUUAUUAAAUUUAAACUUGAAGACUAUUGUUUGGUUAGCAAACGAAGAGCCACAAGACUCCUUGUUAGAGUUUUGUGAUACUCAUAAGAUCAAUUUACAAUUUGCUGCAAUAAAUCCAGAUGCAGGUGAAGAUGAUAACCCUUGGGAUGGUUUGACGGAGCAUUCUAUUAUAAAUGUAUUACAGACAAUUGUUACAAAAGAGAACUAUCCUCUUCUUGUGUGUUGUGGUAUGGGACGUCAUAGAACAGGAACUGUCAUCGGUUGCUUGAGGAGGAUAAUGGGAUGGAACUUGGCUAGUGUUUCAGAAGAAUAUAGAAGAUUUACAGGAAGCAGAGGUGGUAGAAUUCUUGUUGAACUAUUGAUCGAGGCAUUCGAUACUGCGCUUGUUGAGAUUGACAAGAAAAAUGCUCCUGACUGGCUCCUUACUUCAUUGGAAUAG